GCCAAUGAGUGCGCUCGCGAGAGCGGCGAGGCCAAUAUGGCUUCCUGCGCCUGGUGACGGUUGAAGACGCUGUUUUGGGUCUCAUGGAGAAGCCCCGGGGAGUCGAGGAGACUCCGUCUUCAGAACCAAUGGAGGAAGAAGAGGAAGAUGACGACUUGGAGCUCUUUGGUGGCUAUGACAGUUUCCGGAGUUAUAACAGCAGUGCGGGCAGUGAGAGCAGCUCCUACCUAGAGGAGUCAAGUGAAGCAGAAAAUGAGGAUCGGGAAGCAGGGGAGCUGCCCACUUCCCCGCUGCAUUUGCUCAGCCCUGGGACUCCCCGCUCCUUGGAUGGCAGUGGUUCUGAGCCAGCUGUCUGUGAGAUGUGUGGUAUCGUGGGUACAAGGGAAGCCUUCUUCUCCAAGACCAAGAGAUUCUGCAGUGUCUCCUGUUCCAGGAGCUACUCCUCCAACUCCAAGAAAGCCAGUAUCUUGGCUAGAUUACAGGGGAAACCACCUACCAAGAAAGCCAAGGUCCUGCACAAGGCUGCCUGGUCUGCCAAAAUUGGAGCCUUCCUCCAUUCCCAGGGGACAGGACAGCUAGCAGAUGGGACGCCAACAGGGCAAGAUGCACUGGUCUUGGGUUUUGACUGGGGAAAGUUCCUGAAGGAUCACAGUUACAAGGCUGCUCCUGUCAGCUGUUUUAAACACGUCCCUCUGUAUGACCAGUGGGAGGACGUGAUGAAGGGGAUGAAGGUGGAGGUGCUCAACAGUGACGCUGUGCUCCCCAGCCGGGUAUACUGGAUCGCUUCUGUCAUCCAGGCAGCAGGGUACCGGGUGCUGCUCCGGUACGAAGGCUUUGAAAAUGACGCUAGCCAUGACUUCUGGUGCAACCUGGGAACUGUGGAUGUCCACCCCAUUGGCUGGUGUGCCAUCAACAGCAAGAUCCUGGUGCCCCCUCGGACCAUCCAUGCCAAGUUCACCGACUGGAAGGGCUACCUCAUGAAACGGUUGGUAGGCUCCAGGACGCUUCCCGUGGAUUUCCAUAUCAAGAUGGUGGAGAGCAUGAAGUACCCCUUCCGGCAAGGCAUGCGGCUGGAGGUGGUCGACAAGUCUCAGGUGUCACGGACCCGCAUGGCCGUAGUGGACACGGUAAUUGGGGGUCGCCUACGGCUCCUGUACGAAGAUGGUGACAGUGAUGAUGACUUCUGGUGCCAUAUGUGGAGCCCCCUGAUCCACCCAGUGGGUUGGUCACGGCGUGUCGGCCACGGCAUCAAGCUAUCAGAGAGGCGCAGUGACAUGGCCCACCAUCCCACCUUCCGGAAAAUCUACUGUGAUGCUGUUCCUUACCUGUUCAAGAAGGUUCGAGCUGUCUACACGGAAGGUGGUUGGUUUGAGGAGGGGAUGAAACUGGAGGCCAUUGACCCCCUGAAUCUGGGCAACAUCUGCGUGGCAACCAUCUGCAAGGUUCUCCUGGACGGCUACCUGAUGAUCUGUGUGGAUGGGGGCCCCUCCACAGAUGGCUCCGACUGGUUCUGUUACCAUGCCUCCUCCCACGCCAUCUUUCCAGCCACCUUCUGCCAGAAAAAUGACAUUGAGCUCACACUCCCAAAAGGGUACGAGCCACACACUUUCAACUGGGAGACCUACUUGGAGAAGACCAAGUCCAAAGCAGCUCCAUCGAGACUCUUUAACAUGGACUGCCCCAACCACGGCUUCAAGGUGGGCAUGAAGCUGGAGGCUGUGGACCUGAUGGAACCCCGGCUCAUCUGCGUGGCCACAGUGAAGCGGGUGGUGCAUCGGCUCCUUAGCAUCCACUUCGAUGGCUGGGACAGCGAGUAUGACCAGUGGGUGGACUGUGAGUCCCCGGACAUCUACCCCGUCGGCUGGUGUGAGCUCACAGGCUACCAGCUCCAGCCGCCCGUGGCUGCAGAGCCGACCACACCUCUGAAGGCCAAAGAGGCCACGAAGAAGAAAAAGAAACAGUUUGGGAAGAAAAGGAAAAGAAUACCACCAACCAAGACCCGGCCCCUCAGACAGGGGUCCAAGAAGCCCCUGCUGGAGAACGACCUGCCGGCCGCAGAGAAGACCUCGUCAGAGCCCGUUUCCGAUGAAAUCAUUGCUGUGCGUGUAAAGGAAGAGCAUCUUGACGUGGCCACGCCGGACAAGGCCCCAAGUCCAGAGCUGCCUGUUCCCAUCAAGAACAUCAAACAGGAGACAGACGACUAAGCCUUCCCCACUGGCAGCCUGGCCACCUCGCUGGAAGCCAGCCCAGGCUCCUCAUUGCCCCCAUCCCUCCACCCCACUUGACUUUGGAGACUGAGCCUUUUUGCCUAGAUUCUGCCUGGUGCUGUGAGGGCCCGGCACUGAAGCAACAGCUGGGGUCUCCUUUGACCCACACUGUUGCCUCUGUCCUCCUCUGUGGCAAGGCCUACGUGACUGGGGCUGCCUGAGGCCCCCAGACUUGUCUCUGAGCAACUCCAUCUCCAGCUGGAGUUCCCAAAGCUCUUCCUCACAGUAGCCUUCUCUGUACCCACUAUAU